UAAAUGUAAUUGCUAAAAUAUACUUAAGUAUCAAAAGUACAAAUAAGAGUAUAGAUUGUUUCUUAUUCCUUAUAUUAAGCCAACCAGACAACACAAUUCUCUUGUUUUUAUUUAUUUAUGGAUAGCCAGGGGCACACUCCAACACUCAGACAUAAUUUACAAAUAAAGCAUUUGUGUUUAGUGAGUCCUCCAGAUUAGAGGUGGCAUGCAUGACCAGGGAUGUUCUCUUGAUAAGUGUGUGAAUUGGACCAUUUUCCUGUGCUGCAAGGCAUUGAAAAUGUAACUAGUACUUUUGGGUGUCAGGGAAAAUGUAUGGAGUAAAAAGUACAUUCAUUUUCUUUAGAAAUGUGAUAAAGUAAAAGUUGUCAUAUAUAAAUUGUAAUGUACAGAUACUCAAAAAACGUACUUAAGUAGUUCUUCAAAGUAUUUUUACUUAAGUACUUUACACCACGCUCCCUCAACGUCAUCAGGACAGAGAAACCAGACACAUGCUCAUUGCUCACAUGGCGCACUCCGAACAAAAGACAAUGAAAAAAUGGACACCUAGUAAAUUAUUGUUAUGAAAUAAGCCAAAACCAAGUGUAGCAGGUUGGGAACUCUGCAAACAACGUUUCCAAACUGAGAACGAGAAUGGUAAAUAACUGUAAUGAAUAUAUGCAUUGACAGAAAUGAAUGUGCCCAAAUUGCGGGCUUCCAAAAAAGGCAUUGGCCUAUAAGCUUGUGAUUUGAAACAAUCCACAGCUAUUUGUUUAAAGAAGCUAAUGAUCCUUGAUUCCUUUGCGGCUAAGUCAUGCUUUCUGGUGAAGUAUUUUAUUUAUUUCUGUAUAGAAAGGAGUAAUUACACUGUAUAUAAAGAACAAAAUGUAAACGCAACAUGCAACAAUUUCAACAAUUUGACUCUGUUAUAUUCAUAUAAGGAAAUCAGUAAAUUGAAAUAAAUUCAUUGGGUCCUGAUGUAUGGACCUUUCGGUUACUGGCCCAACGCUCUAACCACUAGGCUUUCCGUCCCAGUAGCCAUUGAAGGUGAGCAUUUUCCCACUGAAGUCGGUUACAAUGCUGAACUGCAGUCAGGUUAAGACACUGGUGAGGAUGACAAGCACCCAGAUGAGCUUCCCUGAGAUGUUUUCUGACAGUUUGUGCAGAAAUGAUUUGUUUGUGCAAACCCACAGUUUCAUCAGCUGUCUGGGUGGCUGGUCUCAGACGAUCCCGCAGGUGAAGAAGCCGAAUGUGGAGGUCCAGGGCUGGCGUGGUUACACGCGGUCUGCGGUUGCGAGACCAGUUGGACGUCCUGACACAAUCUCUAAAACGAAGUUGGAAGCGGCUUAUGUGUGGUUGCUGACAGGCUGUGCCUGGUACUGCGAGAGGCUCGGGGAGCUGGGGCCAGCGGCCAGCACUGAAGCCAGCCAUAGGGCCUGCCAGGAGAGGCUAAGGGACCUUGUGAACAGGACCAAGAACAGGGCCCUGGUCCACAUCGCAUGCCUGGAGAACCAAGCCUCCUGGACCAAUGUGGAGCAAGCUUUUCUCAAAGUGACAGAGGGCCUCAACAGUCUAACCAAUCAGACACUGAGAGGCAAGCUGGAAGUGUGUAUUUCAUUGUAUUCCUACGAUAGUGUUGGAACAGUCCGACCCCCUGCGUCACUCAUCGUUCCCCUCGGUCCAUGCCUUCAUCAUGCUGGAAGGAACCAUGAACCUGACGGGGGAGACUCAGCCACUGAUGGAACAGCUGAUGAUGAUCAAGAGGGUGCAGACAGUGGAUGCAGACCACUCCCAUGUCUCCAGAGGGCUUGCUGGUUGUGCCGUGACACAUGCUGUCUGGAAAAAGCCUGGACCCCCUCCUGGCUGCAUAUUGCAGCCACGGGAAAACUCACAUCCUUUGCCCGGAUGUUCAUCAAGCUGAAUGAGUUUCUGAAGCACUUCAGUGGAGAAGGAUUCGUCCUCGGUGCGAGCCCUGCUGUUCGACAUAUCCUUCUUCAUGCAGUGUCACGGGUUGCAGACCUACGGAUCAGAAGUGAUCCUGUCGGACCUCAGCCCCUCGGAGGAGAGCAAGACCCUGAACCCAGACCACCCCCGCUUUAGGAUGGAGUCGGGCAAGGUGGAGAGCCUGGUGGCCCUCCUCAACAAUGCCACUGAGCUGAAGCUAGUGAGCUGCUGAAGGAGACUCGCCAGGAGUGGUCCAACCGGGUGGUGCAGCUGCUUUACAGCAUUUUCUGCCUGGACACCCAGCAGAUCACCUUCACCCUGCUGGGCCACACCCUGCUCACAGACUCGGCCUACUGGCACAGCCUGGCAGACCCGCCCAGCAAGGCCCUGGCCAAGUGAUCGCUCCAUGUCCACCUCCCUAUCGGCCUCCCAGCUCCACACGGUCAACAUGAGGGACCCUCUCAACCACGUCCUAGUGGAGCCCAGGACGGAUCCACUCUGCUCUCUCUCUUUCUCCCUCUAAAGCCAACCGGUUCCUGCUGAUCUCAUCUGUCCUGGGCUCCAAGACAGCGGGGCCACACACCCAGUUUGUGCAGAACUUCAUGAAGGAGUAUGUGGACUGCCUGGAACAGGGCAGCUGUGGGAGCAUCUUGCAGUUCAUGCCUUUCACCAUGGUGAGUGGGAGAGAGGGGAGUUGACCGUGGGGGAGAUGAACUGUGGUAGUCUAGGGGAAGGAGAGUAGUUAUGUAGUGAUAACAGUUGAUUGUUAGUUCUACGCAACUUAGGUAAGAAAUGUGACCUCGACAUGGGAUUUUUACUCAACACAUUCUGGGGAGACAUAUUCCUGCAAUGAGAUUGUUUUUCAUUUCUUUUGAUAAUGAUAAUUUUACUAUUUCUACCUUCUAUGUUUAAAAAAAAUCUUAGUACAUCUGGCCCCAAGUCUCUAGCUGACCUCAUACUUGCAUCCACACUUUUAUAAUGAUGCUUUUAAUGUAUGAUUUAAAAAUAGGUGAAAAAAAAAACUUCUCAUUCCUCUUGUUUCUUUGUUCAUACUUUUAUUGAAUUGAAUUAUUUUAUGAUUUGAAGAGCUACAGUUGAAGUUGGAAGUGUACAUAAACCUAAGCCAAAUACAUUUAAACUCGGUUUUUCACAAUUCCUGACAUUUAAUCCUAGUAAUAAUUCAGUUUUAUGUCAGUUGGGAUCACCACAAGAAUGUGAAAUGUCAGAAUAAUAGUAGAGAGAAUGAUUUAUUUCAGCUUUUACUUCUUUCAUCACAUGCCCAGUGGGUCAGAUGUUUACAUACACUCAAUUAGUAUUUGGUAGCAUUGCCUUUAAAUUGUUUAACUUGUGUCAAACGUUUCGGGUAGCCUUCCACAAGCUUCCCACAAGUUGGGUGAAUUAUGGCCCAUUCCUCCUGACAGAGCUAGUGUAACUGAGUCAGGUUUGUAGGCCUCCUUGCUCGCACACACUUUUUCAGUUCUUCCCACAAAUGUUAUUUUGGAUUGAUUUGGCUUUGUGAUGGCCACUCCAAUACCUUGACUGUGUUGUCCUUAGGCCAUUUUGCCACAACUUUGGAAGUAUGCUUGGGGUCAUUGUCCAUCUGGAAGACCCAUUUGCGACCAAACUUUCAUUUCCUGACUGAUGUUACUUCAAUAUAUCCGCAUCAUUUUCUUGUCCUCAUGAUACCAUCUAUUUUGUGAAGUGCACCAGUCCCUCCUGCAGCAAAGCACCCCCACAACGUGAUGCUGCCACCCCCAUGCUUCACGGUUGGGAUGGUGUUCUUCGGCUUGCAAGAAUCCCCCUUUAUUUUUUUUUCCCAUGAUGUCAGCAAAGAGGCACUGAGUUUGAUGGUAGGGCUUGAAAUACAUCCAAGGGUACACCUCCAAUUGACUCAAAUUAUGUCAGUUAGCCUUUCAGAAGCUUCUAAAGCCAUUACAUAAUUUUCUUUCUGUUUAAAGGCACAGUCAACUUAGUGUAUGUAAACUUCUGACCCACUGGAAUUGUGAUACAGUGAAUUAUAAGUGAAAUCUGUCUGUAAACAAUUGUUUGAAAAAUUUCAUGUCAUGCACAAAGUUGAUGUCCUAACCGACUUGCCAAAACGAUAGUUUGUUAACAAGAAAUUUGUGGAGUGGUUGAAAAACGACAUGUAAACUUCCAACUUCAACUGUAUAUAAAUAGUUAGAAUUUGGAGAAUGCCACGUAAGAAGUGUGUCGUGUGUCGUCUGUCUGUCUGUCGGUCGGUCGGUCGUGGGCAUCACUGACCUGACUCUGCCCCUGGGGAGGAGCGUAGCAGCAAAGGCCAGCUUAGUCUUAUGGUUCCCAGGGCUCAGCUCACCCACCUCUGCCUUCUCCAUGGAUUCUGUUUCCCCAGUCACUCAGGGGCAAAACCAGCUUCACAAAUAAAUAACUAUUUUACUUAGUCAUGUAUUAGUGUCAAUGUGAGACUAAGAGAAGAUCUGACAAAGUGGAAGUUAAGAUUCACACUUCAAAGCUUGGGACUCCACUUAGAUGGUGUUUCAUCACUUUGGCAUAGAAAUGCCAGUUUCACGAUACUCCAAAGUUGGUUAACAACUGUUAUGUAAUCCUGAUUGCUUCAUCAUUCAUUCAAAUGUAGGUUUUCUUUCAUUUUGAUAGUCUCUAUGGUUUCUCAUUUCAGUAGUCUAUAUAGUCAGUAAUAAAAAACUGUCAAAUUAAAUGUUUUCACAAUCUUGGAAUCAUUAUUCAUAAAAAGUGUACAUAUUGUCAUCUUUAUAAUAACGCCUCAUGAAAAUGUAAAUACCUUCUAAAUUAAGAUAUUUUAUAGGUGUUUUUCAGUAUGCUGAUAAUUUUCAGAAUUCAAAUAUUUUCACUUAAAUACAAAGUAUAUACAGUACCAGUCAAAAGUUUGGACACCUACUCA